AAUACCUUUCAAGAUGGCGGUCUGCAUUGCUGUCAUUGCGAAGGAGAAUUACCCUUUGUACAUUCGAAGUGUUCCCUCACAAAGUGAACUGAAGUUUCACUACACAGUGCACACCUCUCUGGAUGUGGUGGAGGAGAAGAUUUCUGCAGUAGGUAAAGCCAUGGCUGACCAGAGAGAGCUUUACCUCGGACUUCUUUACCCAACUGAGGACUAUAAAGUAUAUGGCUAUGUAACAAAUUCCAAGGUCAAAUUUGUGAUUGUUGUAGAUUCAUCAAACACAUCCCUGAGAGACAACGAGAUUAGAAGUAUGUUCAGGAAGUUGCACAACUCUUUCACAGACGUGAUGUGCAAUCCCUUCUACAACCCCGGUGAUCCAAUUCAGUCUAAGGCCUUUGACAGCAUGGUUUCAGGAAUGAUGGUGCAAGCUUGUUGAUGUCCAGUCUGUAUACUGUAUAUAAAUCCCCCCUUUUCUGUCCUGUGUAUGUAUGUGAUUGC